AUGGAGGCCGUGGUGAAGCUCAAUCGAAAGCUGGGGAUGGGCGGCCGCGGCGUUGUUUACGAGGGCUUCGAUCACGCCCGAGGGCACUUCGUCGCCAUCAAGGAACUGGUCUACAUGGAGCCCAGCAUUGCUGGCGAAGACGACGCGGAGCUGGCAGCCAUUUUGAGUGAACUCGCAUAUAUGCGCGAGGCACAGCACACGAACCUCGUCGAGUAUUACGGCGCCCGCCGCUGCGCCAUCGGCAUUCAGAUUAUAAUGGAAUACGUAAGUGGCGGCUCGCUAGACUACGUGUUGACGCGCUGCGGCCCUUUGCGCGAGAACGUCGCCCGUGCCUAUACCCGAGAUGUACUCGAGGCACUGCACUACCUGCACAAGACAAUGCACGUGUGCCACCGUGACGUGAAGCCGGCAAACAUCCUCAUCACGCCGGACGGGCGGUGCAAGCUGGCCGACUUCGGGGUCGCAAAGCAGGUCGAGGUGACGACACCGACGCGCCCAGCGCAUGCAGAACGCGGCGGACAAGGCAUGGGAAAGGAGGAAGAGGGCAACUCCCCGCGCCACCGCAACGGCGGGCGUCAAGGCUACCUGCAGACAGCGGUGGGAACGCCAUGGUACAUGGCGCCAGAGGUGAUCAACGGCGGCGUCGAGGACGACGACGACGAAGACGUGGAACUUGACAACGCGUACGCAGCCACCUUCGGCGGCGACGCAAACAGCGGCAGCUUCAGCGAGGACUGGACGAGCAGUGGCCUGGCGCACACAUCACCUCACGCAUCCGCCUCGCCACCGCCGCUGUAUUCGUCAUCGAACUACUACAAUCCACUCAAGAGCAUUGUCAAGAAGGGCCGCCUUGGUGCGCGCUCGGUUGGCUAUACCACCAGCGCCGACAUCUGGAGUGUUGGCGUCACCGUGUACGAGAUGGUCACCGGCACGAAACCUUUCGGCGCCGACCUGACCAACCCGUCUGCGGUGCUCUUCCGAAUCGCGAACUGCGCCGCAUCUCCGCCGCAGCUGCCGGCGGACGUGCACGUCUCGGCGGAGCUGCACAGCUUCUUGGACUUGUGCUUCGUGUACGACAAAGACCUCCGCGCGACGGCGGCGGAACUCUUGGGUCACCCAUGGCUGCAGCCUGUUCCUAAGGGGGGCAGCAGCGGCGGUGGCAGCACCAGUGCAGCUGAGAAGCCACCUCGCCCGCUCUUCAUCGGAAAAAGUCACUCUCGAUCUGACAUGCGCGUGGACGAGGGCGAACAAGUACAGCGCCAUCAACAGCCAGUGACCCGACGCACCGUCUUCGACGGCGUCCCCCUCCUCGACUCCAUCGACCUUCCAGCCUACCCCGCAACGGCAGCGGUCUCGUCUCCGGCUUCCUCUGCGGUAGUGGAACGUGGCGGCAGCGGAGAGGGAGCCCAUCCUGUCCCUGACACUUCACCAGGGCGUGCGCGGCACAGCGCGCACCAUCUGUCGUGCAGCGGAACCCAUUGCAGCGGCAGCAGCGUUACUCGCCCCUCGCCCUCAACCAUUUCGCCGCCGCCAUCAUCCAUUUCUAUCGCGGAGCAGGCAGAGGCGUCUUCGCGGUACGCGGCUGUGCGACAGCGCAUUGGACAUACCCGUGCAACCAACUCCGCGCACACCGCCACCUACGCGGCACCACCGACGGUGCAGUCAAGCGGCGGUUCUCUCUUCUCCACAAACGGCGAGUUCGUCGAUUUUAUAUCGCACCCUUGA